UGUCAUCAUCCACCGCGACGGCCGACGGGGCUUUGUUUUUCUUUUUUUCUUUUUUCCCCCUUUCGAGUUUGCGUGCUCCUAUUUUUCACCUCAAGGAGUCAAGGUCUUCAAAUAGUUGGUACGAGGGGGAGCCGGGAGGGGGAGGGGGAGGCAGACGGACUCUCUGGCCGGCACUCCCUCCUCGUCUGCCGGAGCCGGAGCGCAAUGCCGUGGCCCGAGGAGGCCAUGCGCCGGUCGGGGGCGCUCGUGGCGCUCGCCGCGGCGUCCGCGCUCGUGCUCGUGCUCUUCCCCGCGCCCGCCGCCGUGGACCGCAGGUACGUUGACCUCGUGCUGGCCCUGUUUUCCGCCCUGCUGCUCGGCUGCGCCGCCGUGCUCCUCUCCCCGGCGCGCCGCGCGGUUGCCCGGCUCGGGCGGCGGCCCGCGGAGGCUGCCGGGGGACCGCGAUGGGUCGGCUUCGCGGGCGUUGUGUUCUACGCGGGGUGCGUGGUCGGCGACGCGUGGAAGGAACCGGCGUCGGUGUCGGUGGGCAAGGUCGUCCGCUGCUUCCUGUUCUUCCUGGUGUUCGUGGCGGGAGUGUGGACUGUGAACAUGUCCGUGCUCGCGGGAAGGGGUUCCCGGCCGGCGGCUGUGGAAGGAGAGCUUUACGGCGGGGAGGUGGACGCCAUGCUACCGUGAUCGGCACUGCACGCGUCGUUGUCAAUUCAAAGGUUUGGAAGGUUCAAGACUCUGUCUUGACUUAUUUGGAGCCUCUGAAGUCUGAAGAUUAGCAGCUUUAUCUGAUCUUGCUUUGUAAUUUGUAUUGGUCUAGAGUCGAUCGUAGAUUCACAGUUCCACAUGUACAGUAUAGUACUUUUUUUUUAAUGUUCAGUUGCUCACACGCCAUGUAAUGUAAACCCGUGUCUGUAAUUAAUUCAGAUGAAUGCAGCUGCACAUUUUAAUAACGGGCAAACCGC